UUGCUGCUGGCAGAAUACUGGUGUGCCGGUGACAGUACAGUAAGAAUGUUAAGAAACUGACUUUACCGUCAAAAAAGAGAUUUGUUUGCCACUGUUUGGUGUUCUUUUCUGUCAUCUGGAGCUAACUCUCACAAGCAGCCGUCACAUUCGAUCGAGCGGGACAGAUUGAAGAAAACAGGUUCAAGUUUGUACAUUUGCAACGUGCUUUGUUCUCAAAGGAUAGAUUCGUAUAUGGUGGUCGGUCAACAAGUUGUCUGAUUUCAGUUACAGGCUUAUCUCUAGGUGGUGAUGGGUUCUAUGUUCCGUAGUGAGGAGGUGUGCCUGGUGCAGCUCUUCCUCCAGUCUGGUUCGGCCUUUAACUGUGUCAGUGAACUGGGAGAACUGGGCCUGGUCGAGUUCAGAGACUUGAACCCCAAUGUCAACUCCUUCCAGAGGAAGUUUGUGGGGGAGGUGAGACGAUGUCAGGAACUGGAGAAAACCUUCACGUUCCUGGAGCAGGAGAUCAAUAGGUCCCUUUUGCCCCCCCUCCAUGGCCCGACCCCCUGCCCGAACCCCUCGGCCCCCCAGCCCAGAGAGUUGCUCACCAUUGAGGAGGAGAGUGAGAAGCUGGCCAGGGAGCUCAAAGAGCUUUCCAGGAACAGAGACGGUCUCAGAGCCCAGCUGAUCCAGCUCAGCCAGUACAAAGGAGUUCUCACCCAGACCCACUCCCUCACCGCCUCACAGGCUCCACCUCCUCUUCGUGAAACAGUAGGCAUAUUGGAGCCUAACCGACAGGAUGUCCACCUCCGUUUUGUGGCCGGUGUGGUCCACCCCUGGAAAGUCCCAUCAUUUGAGCGGUUGCUAUGGCGAGCAUGCCGCGGGUACGUCGUCGUGGACUUCAGAGAGAUGGAGGAGCAGUUGGAGCAUCCUGACACGGGGGAGAUGGUGCAGUGGACAGUGUUCCUCAUAUCCUACUGGGGAGAUCAGAUCGGACAAAAGGUCAAGAAGAUCUGUGAUUGCUUCCACGCGCAGGUGUUUGAGUAUCCUGACAGCCCCACAGAGAGAGAGGAGAUUCUCCAGGGACUGCAGGGCAGAAUUGAAGACAUCAAAUCAGUCCUCUUUCAGACAGAGCAGUUCCUCCAGCAGAUGUUGGUGCGUACAGUAGCGGUGUUGCCCCAGUGGAAGGUGCGGGUCCAGAAGUCUAAGGCAGUCCAGGCCGUACUGAACCUCUGCAGCCCCUCCGUCACCGACAAGUGUCUGAUUGCUGAAGCCUGGUGUCCCGUCCGCAAGCUGCCCGAGCUGCAGAGCGCCCUGAGGGAAGGAGGGAGGAAGAGUGGCAGCGGGGUGGACUCGUUCUACAACCGCCUCCCCUGCUCCACGCCUCCUCCUACACUGUUUCCCACCAACUCCUUCACUGCAGGCUUCCAGAACAUUGUAGACGCCUACGGAGUGGCCAGUUACCGCGAGGUCAACCCAGCGGUGUACACCAUCAUCACGUUCCCCUUCCUGUUUGCUGUGAUGUUUGGGGACGUGGGUCACGGUCUGCUGAUGUCCCUGGCUGCCCUCUGGAUGGUUCUGGAGGAGAAGGACCCCAAACUCAGGAACAACACUAAUGAGAUCUGGCGGAUGAUGUUUGGAGGACGUUAUCUGAUCCUGUUGAUGGGACUGUUCUCUGUCUACACUGGGGCCAUCUACAAUGAGUGUUUUAGCAGAGGACUCAGCCCCUUCAGCUCCGGCUGGCAUGUAGGACCCAUGUUUGAGAACGGAGAGUGGAAUCCAACAACUGUUAAAGAGAACAACUUCCUGUCCCUGGACCCUAACAUCACUGGGGUUUUUACAGGACCCUAUCCUUUUGGUAUCGACCCGGUCUGGGGUAUGUCCAACAACCACCUGACGUUCCUCAACUCCUACAAGAUGAAGAUGUCUGUCAUUAUCGGGGUCAUCCACAUGACCUUCGGAGUCUGUCUGGCCUUCUUCAACUACAUACACUUUAACCAGUUGAGCAGUGUGUUCCUGGUACUGAUCCCAGAGCUGUUCUUCAUGCUGUGUCUGUUUGGUUACCUGGUCUUCAUGGUCAUCUUCAAGUGGCUGGCCUUCGACACGACCCACUCUAACUCCGCCCCCAGCAUCCUCAUCCACUUCAUAGACAUGUUCCUAUUCGCCGAGAACAAGGACAACCCGCCCCUCUACAGAGGACAGUUGGUGGUGCAGAAGGUCCUGGUGGUACUGGCGCUGUGUUCUGUUCCAGUCCUGCUGCUGGGGAAACCCAUCCAUCAAUACAUCACACACAAGAGGAAGCACCGGCACAUGGCAGGAGACAGACGACCCCUGUUGGCUGAGAACAGUUCCAUCAAUGCUCAUCAGGGAGAGGUGGGGAGUCACAGAGAGGAGGAGGUGGAUUUUGACGCUGCUGAUGCGUUCAUGCACCAGGCCAUCCACACCAUAGAGUACUGUCUAGGCUGCAUCUCCAACACAGCCUCCUACCUACGACUGUGGGCCCUCAGCCUUGCACACGCACAGCUGUCGGAGGUGCUCUGGACGAUGGUGCUGCAUAACGCCCUGACCUGGCAAGGCAACAUGGGAUCUGUGAUCCUGUUUCUAUUCUUCAUCGUCUUCGCGGUGCUAACAGUUUCCGUCCUGCUGGUCAUGGAGGGCCUGUCUGCCUUCCUGCAUGCCCUGCGUCUGCACUGGGUGGAGUUCCAGAAUAAAUUCUACAGUGGAACAGGUUACAAGCUGAACCCUUUCUCCUUCUCUUCCAUAAUCCACGCCUCGUCCGCUCUGUGAUCAUUUAAACGAUCAAUGAAUUCUGAUUGCCAAAUGGUUAUAUUAACUUGCUCUGCACCUAUCACACUGCACACAUUUCAGAAUGAUUGCUGUCUUUUUUGUACACUCUGUGUUUUGUCAAAUGUGUUCAAUGUACAAGAAUACAUUUAGGCCUUUGCACUGUGCCUAUUUCAGCAUGCAUGCUGUGUCAUCAAAAUCAGAAUUUCUUUCUUGUUCCUUCUUUGCACUGAUCAUGUGGUGGGUCUGUAAAUUCACUCUGGCUGUCUACUCUGAUUUCAGGAAUUUACGAACACGCAACACUCGUUGAAUGACUGGUGUCUGCAAAUCUUUUUAAAUUCAAUUGUUGCCAGCAGUACAGUUAGUCACCAAUGCCCUAGAUAACACGAAAAUAGUCUAACCAGCUCUGCUAGGGGGAAUAAAAUGGUCAGAGUUAGGUGUUCUCUCAUUUGUGUUUGGAUGUAGCUAGCAAGCUAGCCACCUUUAGCCAGUUAGCUCGGGUGCUUGACUGCUGUUGUGAGGUCAGAACUCUCUGAUCAACACUACUCCUCGAACACCCCGAGAGCAAAACGCUCUGAAUUUAUGAAAGCCCAGAGCGCACUCCAGAGUAAAUUUAAAUUUACUUCCAGUAAUGUACCUUUAGAUAAUGUUGAUUAAAUAAUAUAUUAACAGUAAUACAUUCACAACCUCCCUGUUUAUCGUUCAAAGCAUUAUUUGAAAAUGGUUGAAUAACUCAGGAAAUGGGUGCUAUUGACUUUCACACAUGACCGUGAUCUCAAAGUUCAGUAAAGAUAAGGCACACACCAAUUGUCUUAACUCAUCUGUUGUGGUCUUGAAGAGAGUCCACGUAGACAUGAUUUUGCAAUGAUGGUGUAGUAUUAUCUAAAAUAAGGACUCACGACAACGAGGUUCUAGCUCCAGCAUGUUUAUUAACCUAGCCCUCGCAUGUCAUACCUCGUUACGGGUAUCCCCAAGGGACAUCCUACUACAGUUGGUAACACGAACAACCCUUCAUGGUACUCAACACCUCUUUCUUGUGUCAUAUUUGAACACGGUUAAUAAUUAUGGAAAGGGAAACUUGUAAACUCAUGUGUCAUUCACAUUCUGUUUCAUCUGAGCAGAGAACCAUCUGAAUGAAGAUCAAUGUUCUUCCGCAUUCUCUGUAUGAUGGUUCACAUCGUACUGUCUGUCUCUUUGCACUAUCACUGUGUUUAACUCUAGGGCUGUAAUGAAAUUAAAGACAGUUUUUUUCCUGA